AAUGGAAGAAACCCCAUGAUGCCGCCACGUACACGCCAAGCACCCGGUGCCAUUGCCACCGGCCCACCACCGCUCUCGUUUAUAAAGCCAUCUCUCCCCUGCCCAUCCUCUGCUCGUCCUGCACUGAUUCUUUCUUCGCGUCUCACGUCAGUCGGUCGAAUAGAGCUUUGCUUCCCUCCGAGGUCUCGUGCUUACGGCCGAGAUACCUACAGCGGUGACGGUGCAUCGUUCGUUCCGGUGACUGCUGUGAAGGAGAGAAUGGGCAAGUCAUGGGCGCUCCUCACCCACCUUCACUCCGUCGCCGGGCCAAGUAUUACGCUGCUGUAUCCUCUGUAUGCGUCGGUGUGCGCCAUGGAGAGCCCGUCCAAGGUGGACGACGAGCAGUGGCUGGCCUACUGGAUCCUCUACUCCUUCAUCACCCUCAUGGAGAUGCUCGCCGAGCCCGUCCUCUACUGGAUACCGGUGUGGUACCCGGUGAAGCUGCUGUUCGUGGCGUGGCUGGCGCUCCCGCAGUUCAAGGGCGCCUCCUUCAUCUACGACAAGGUCGUCAGGGAGCAGCUCAGGAAGUACCGCGGAAGGAACCGCAACGCCGACGCCGAUCACAAGGUGCACAUACUCAAGGCCGAGGCUGACCAUGGUCAUGUGCAUUGAGGAGAAGGGGCCUGGGCACUGGGAGAUCCAGGAGCAUAACCUACUGUUGUGCACAACUGCAGAAUCUUAACUACUAGGUGUAUCUUGUAUCUGUCGUAAGCACAUCGAGAAGUAUUAACACACCACGCAUACCCUCGCCUAAUAAAUCAGGGCCGUCGUCUUUGAUAA